AGAGUCAGUCAGUUACUAAACGGUGAAAGGCGAGGGCGCAAUGUAUUGUUAACUCCGAGACAGACAAAAUCUAUCUUUUAUUGUGUCGCCUGCAUUGGAAGGGAUGCCGAGUCCUUUUAUUACCCGAGUAGAGACGCAACAUGUUUGGCGAGGUGACCAGGUAACCAUCGAUCGGCAAGAGGCGGCGGAAUAGUCCAAGCGCGGGAGUGUGUAGGGACAUGAGUGGUUAUCGAGACAGCCACACACGCACAGGAGGGACACAUUUUUUUUUUUCUCUCAGUACACCUUCGUUUUUGGGAAUCGCGUAUCUGUUAUCUCAGGGAGCGGAAAAUUCAAAGUGUGUCAGUGUAUCACGGAAGGCAAGGAGAGGCAAAGAUCUUUAAAAAUGAAGACGAAUACAAAUAACAUACGUUGAAAUUUGCAGUAUCGAGGAGUGAGAGUGUGAAGAGAAAGGAGGCAAUCAAAACACAUUGAAAACAAAACACGUGAUGGCAGAUAGAGUUUUAGAAAAGAAAGAAGAAUAAAAAAAAUAGCAUUCUGGAAUGUCCAUAGUUCAACGAAAGAAUGUGUAAGGAAAACACAGACAAAACAUAAGAAACAGAUGCAACAUAAUGAAAAUAUAAAAUAGCUGAGUGCAGUUAUGAAAAAAAACAAAGAAUUUAUCUGAAAGAGUAACAAGUAAUCACACCAAAGCAGAGUUGCGGAAUACGUAAGUGGGAACCCAUUAUCAUUAGUGAGAAAAAAAAUCAGGCGUUGAAUGUACAAUUAAUUAAGCAAAGUGCACUAAAAAACUUAUAAAAGGAAAAUAAAAGUUACAAAGAGCCUCCAACUUGAGUGCUACUACUACUACUACUACUACUACUACUACUACUACUACUAUUACUACUACUACUACUAACUCCAUCACCAACAAACCAACGGCAACAUCCCUCUUCCCAACACCACCACCACCACCACUAACACACAGCCGAAAAUCAUUCCAAACAGUGUCAACAGAACGAGACUCAACUCGGGAUAAAAAAAAUAAAAAAAUUCAGUCACAAGAUAGCAAGGAAACAUUCACACAUUCACUCGACUGAAGAAGAAUGACGAGACGCAAGAUCAUGAUGGUGAUGAUAGGGACCGUGGUGAUGACAGUUCUAUGGAUGGCGUUGGUGUGGUACCGCCUACCACUAAACCUGGCCCCGCUCGCUGCUCCCCACCCUAUCAUACUGCAGACGGAGGAGCCAGCUGAGGGCAGUAUAAUGCUCCUAGAGGGCUACGGGAACGCUAAACUCACCUACAGGAUGUUUUGUGCUGUGGAAUCCGCUGCGAGGAAUCACCUACAACUACCUGUGUAUCUACUAAUGACCUCCUCUACAGUAGACGACUCCCCACUCCUGCACAGCCUCACGGAUUCGCUCGGCAACCUUCACGUGGCGCACAUCGACACAGCGCGGCUCUUCAAAGACACGCCCCUCCAGGCAUGGCACGCCCGCAGAGCCUGGGAGGAGAGCAAGUGGCCCACUUCUCACUACAAUGACGCUCUCAGGUGGCUGUUACUGUGGCGAUACGGUGGCAUCUACCUGGACAUGGACGUUGUGGUGACGCGGCCGCUCUCUGCCCUUCCUAACUGCACUGGCUUGGAAUCAGAACAGUGGGCGGCGGCUGGGGUUCUCAAGUUCUCCCCGUCCCACCCUCUGAUCCACAGCUGCCUCACCUACUUCGCCCAGCACUUCGACGGGCAGGUGUGGGGGGCGAAUGGACCUGAACUAAUGACGCAGGUGCUGAUUGACAAAUGUGGCCUGGAGCUUCCCUCUGGACGCACCCCACAUUGCCCUGACGUAGUUGUGAUGCCCCCGAGAGCCUUCUACCCCGUCCCUUGGUGGGAAUGGAAGCGUUACGUUACGGAUGACCCGGAGCUGAGCCGCGACCUGCUGAAUGACCCCCAGGUGCUAGUACUUCACGUGUGGAACCUGCACACGAGUCACGCCCUAGUGAGCCUCGACUCCCAGCAGCCCUACGCCCGAGCAGCCCAGGUGUUCUGCCCCAUUACCGCCACCCACGCUGUGGACUCCAUGUGAUCUGCCACUGAUGAUAUGAACUGAUGUAAACUCAUUCUGGUGUUAACAAUGACUAGCAAUGAUAGUUAUUUAUUUCGUCAUAGCCAAUUCGUAUCAUGGUGUUACAUAUUUUUCUGAGAUUAUGUUAUUCUGACGCUAUAGUGGAGUGUUUCUUAAGCUGCCCUUAUCAGCAUGGAGCAGAGAUAGUGUAGGAAUGUGCUUCUAUGAGUCACUUGGCUGGAUGAAGGCGUAUAUUGAGAUUACCGCAGUACGCGUAUGACUGCACCGUUGUUCCAUAGUCAAGAUUAAACCAGAGAAUGUUAAGACAACACAAAUUAGCCACGUGUUGGCGAGUCAGAUGCACCUUUGUACACAUUCUCGGAGCGACGUCUUGGAGCGGGAAAGGUCACCAGGAAAGGGCCGCUUACUGUAUUAUGUAGACCAAGGCAGGGGCAGACGGUCGGCGGUCAGAAAUUUGCGAGGUGUCUUGUGACCGUUGCAAAUCAAAUCAUCCCCUCAAUCUUGGGCUGAGUGCAGCAAAGCAUCGGCAGCUGCAUGUUGCCGAGUGGAAGUGUUCAAGGCCAAGCUAAAAGCAAUGGGAUGAUUACAGUCUUGCUUCUUGUAAUAACACAUGCAUUUAAUAAUCCAGCCUCACAGACACUGUAUACGUGGCGGACCGACAUAAAUCUAAGGCAAACGUACAAUUAUGGAGAACUGAAUACGUAGAGAUAGAGCGUAAUUCAGAAGCUAAUUAUUUCUAACGAAAAAAACUAUUCGAAUUCAUAUAUAAGACGUAGAAAUUUGAGGACCAGUAAGAGGGCAGCACUUGUUUGUCACUCCAUACAACGAGACCACGAAAAAAAUGACAAGCAUCUGCGCCGCACCUUGACUACUUUCGAGGCCUCUAGUUCUAUUUACAUGGGUUUUAAAGGCAUUUCUAAUAAUCUAGUAAAAUAUUUUAAGAUUUCUAUAUAUAUUUUCAACAGGAUGAACACUCCUGAAAACUGAAUUAUUCAUCUCUACAACCAAGCAAAAUAUUCGUGGUGAGAGAACAUAGCGUUUCUGAAUAGGAUAUAGACACUCCUCAACACACGAAAAACUGAAGGCUGGAGAAAUCUGAAAGUGUAUUAGUGCAAAGAUUUGGUAUUUUCCUUCCCUCCCCUUACAACCCUCCCCAUCACCACAACCGCAACACAACAAGUUCGUAGCAGCGCACCGGGAAUCUACUGGGACGUACAGUAAGCCUCCAUCCAUUACCCGAGUCCUCGUCCAGGAGUAGGUGGUGUUUCUUUAUGAUUUGUGUAUCGUGUUGUAUAUAAAUGUUGUUUUAUUUUUUGUAUGGAAGUAAAUGUAUUUAUGUGA